CACUCACUCAUAUUCAUCAUCUCUUUUAAUUAAUUCUGCGCCAAUGCCGGACCACUUCAACGCCCCCUUCCGCCGCCUCGCCGUCGGCAACCGCGAUGAGUUCACCCAGCCCGGCGCCAUCAAGGCCGCCGUCGCCGAGUUCAUAAGCACCCUCAUCUUCGUCUUCGCCGGCUCCGGCGCCGGCAUUGCCUACAACAGCCUCACCGGCGACGGCGCCGCCUCCCCCGCCGGCUUGAUCUCCGCCUCCAUCGCCCACGCCUUCGGCCUCUUCGUCGCGGUCGCUAUCAGCGCCAACAUCUCCGGUGGCCACGUCAACCCCGCCGUCACCUUCGGCCUCUUCGUCGGCGGCAACAUCACCCUCUUCCGCGGCAUCCUUUACAUCAUCGCGCAGCUCCUCGGCUCCGCUGCUGCCUCCGCCCUCCUCAUCUUCGUCACCGGCUUGGCUGUUCCGACAUUCGGAGUGGCGGGGAUCUCGGUGUGGUCCGCAUUCGUGUUCGAGAUUGUGGCGACCUUCGGGCUCGUGUACACCGUGUACGCGACCGCGGUCGACCCCAAGAAGGGCGAGAUCGGCAUCAUUGCCCCAAUUGCUAUUGGUCUGAUCGUGGGAGCGAACAUCUUCGCGGCCGGGCCCUUCACUGGUGCGGCCAUGAACCCGGCCGUGGCCUUCGGACCGGCUCUUGUGGGCUUCAGCUGGGCCAACCACUGGAUCUACUGGGCCGGGCCGCUCAUUGGGGCCGGCAUCGCUGGCGUUGUGUACGAGGUGUUCUUCAUCAGCCACUCCCACGAGCCAUUGUCGGAGUUCUAAGGAAUUCAUGAAAUUUGAUUGGGAGUUGUGAUUCGAUCUGUGUUGCGUUUGGUUUGUUGAUGAAUUUGAGGAGUUUAUUUUAGUUUGUAAUUUCGUUAUUUGUUGUUUGAACUUUGGAAUUAUUGGUGGGUCUCUUUAUCAAAUGUAUUUCCUUGCUACUCA